GCCAGGACCCACUCCAACUGCUGAAAACCCUUCAGCUUCUCUGGACAAAGCAUGAGCUGGGGAAGCUCAAGGAAGAAAUCAGGCGGGGCUUUGCCAGACUGGAGGACCCUUUGGCAGGACUCCUGGCCAUGCUGGAGAGCAGCAGCGAUUGGAAGGGGAAAGGGCAUUCCCUGGGGUAUUGCAUCACCAAAGAGCUUCAGCUUUGGAUAAAAGAGCAUCCUGCUGUCUCACAGUCUGGCACCAAGCUGAAGAAGCUGCAGGCCCGUGUGCUCGGAUUGCUCUCUCAGUGCCCGGCUAAUCUGCUUGACCCCCUGAUUAGCAUUUACCAGCUCCACACAGCGGACCGGAACUAUUUGCUUGAACAUGUCAGUCAUCUUUAUCUCCAGGGCAAUUACAAAGAGGCAGCCAUACUGAGUAUUAAGCUGAAAUUACAGCCAGAUCAAGAUGUGGAGAAGAUGUGUACCCCACUACUGCUCCAGGAUAAAGCUAAUUUGGUGGAAGAUUAYGUGGCAGAAUAUCCCGAGCUCCAGAGCAAGCUGUUGCAGACCCUGGACACCUGGUGUGACCCCUGCUUCAAUAUCAAAGACAUCACAAGACCAUAUCAAGGCAUGUCCAGGUACCAACCAGAAAAAUUUAACCGCAGAGUGCUCAGCAAACUUGUCUUCAGGCUCCUGGAGAGAUUCAACGUAGACCCAGCUCUCUGCCCUAAUGUCAUAAAUCAGCGGCACUUGAGAACCCUGAAUUACCUCUUUUACAAGAGAUUUGUGGAGAAAACCAUGACUGAGGAGAAUUGGGCAGAUCACAUUCAGAGCACGGYUGGGGAGAACCGCUGGCUUCAAGGGCACCUGGUGCAGUCUCUGCUCCGUCACUGCGGCACGCGUGGGGCGGCGCGAUGGGCGCAACGCUUCCGGGUGCCCCCCGAGAUGCUGCCUUGGACCGUGGCUGAGGAGCUCCAAAAGCUGCACAUCCAGGACAGGGUAAAAGAGGUCACAAAAGCAGAUAGUUCUGAGGACAGUAAGAAGAAGGACUAUUACCAGCUUCCUAUUCCACGGGAAAAUAUUCACUUUCUGCAGACAUGGGAGGAGACGCUGCAGUGCUGGGAGAAGGUGCUGCAGCCUGGGCAGRUCGUUGGCAUGGACAUGGAGUGGAAGCCUUCCUUUGGCAUGGUGGGGAAGCCUCGUGUCGCCCUCCUGCAGCUUGCACUGAAGGAUGAGGUUUUCCUGCUGGACCUGCCACGGCUCCUUGAGCAAACUGAGGCCGAGGGGGAGAGGGAGAAGCUUCCCCRUUUCAUCCAGAGGCUCUAUUCAGAUGCAACCAUCACUAAACUAGGUUAUGGGAUGUCUGGAGACCUCAGCAGCCUUGCAGUCACAUGUUCUGCUCUGAAAGACACAGAGAAGCGAAUGCAAAGUGUGGUGGAUCUACUUGCAGUGGACAAACAACUGCAGUGGAGGAAGGAUGGCCGGAAGGUCGAUGAACCGUCCCCGGAGCACAGCCAUGAGGAGAGAGGGGUCAGGCAGCCGGAGAAAGGACUCAGCCUSCUGGUGCAACAUGUGCUGGGCAAGCCUCUGGAUAAGACAGAGCAGCUGUCAAACUGGGAGAAACGGCCACUGCGGGAGGAGCAGAUCCUCUAUGCAGCCUCAGAUGCCUACUGCUUGCUGGAGAUCUACGAGAGGCUCUGCAAGGACCCCGAGAGCUUCGGGCUGGGUUCAGACCUGACAGAAAGCCUGGUGGGAAAACAGAGCAAAAAGCCCAGAGCAAAGGAGCAGCUGAAUAAACAAGAAGCACCAUCACCUUCUGCACAGGAAUGCCAAGGACCCAAAACAGAGCCCUCGUGUCCCCGUGCCCCUAUCUCCCCCCAGGAGUUCAGCGUGGUCUGUGACAACAUGCUGCAGGGCCUGGGCCGCUACCUGCGCUGCCUAGGGGUGGAUGUCCGGCUGCUGGACAACCAGGAUGACCACAGGAAAGCUGCUGAGAUUGCCCGACAGGAAGGAAGAGUCAUUUUGACUUCUGGACUGCCAUAUCASACUGUGAGUGUUCCGAGCUGCUGGUUUGUUUCUGGCACUGAUCAUUGCAGGGUCUGUGGUGUGCAGGGGAGAGAAGAGGAAAAGUCAGAUGUGAAUGCAACAGCUGGCUUGGCUUUUUCAUGUUUUCUGCACUAA